CCUCCGCCACCCCCUCCUGGCGUUUCCACAACUCAAGGUCUCCCCACUACUGAUGGCGCCAACUCCCAGACUUCGACAAUCCCCACCACAGGGGGAGGCGCCGCCUCGACAUCUGGAGACUCGUCUUCGACUGGGUCCCAAACAGCAAUGGCCACCAGCACAAGCAUGAUGUCGGUUUCGAGCGUCGCCGUUGUCUCCGGCGUCACCACGGUCAUCUUCACCACCACUCCUACCGUGAUCGUGGUGCCUGCUCCACCAUCCUCGAACAACUCUGCGAUCUAUGCCGUCGCGGCAUCGUGCGGCGGAGUCUUGGCCGUUGUGAUCAUCGGGUUUGUGAUAUGGAGACACCGCAUCAAUCGCCAGAACAGGCAGGCUGUGCUCAAGCAUGUCGAGCUUGACGAAGCUCCUCUGAAUGAGUGGAUUCCCAUCCAGAACAUCGGCAAUAGCCCAAGAUCGCCUCGCUCGCCUGGCCCUCUCCCUGCCAAGGAUGGCCGUGCCGCCUACGGCCCUGCAGAUGUGGCCCUGUCUGCUUUGACCAGGCCCGCCCCAGUUGCCCUGUCGCUGUCGUCCUCUUCCUCCGGGGAGCCGGUGACAUCAUACACAACCACACAGCUGAACCCCAACAACCGCUACGAGCCGCCGCGUUUCGCAGCGAUCCGAGACCCGGCGCAUCUGGAUGUCGGCGAUGUCCCGCCGCCGGCUUAUGAGCUGCCCCAGACUCAAGUUCGGGCACAGCCCGAGGAGGAUCUGCGCCGAGUACGACACACCCGGAUGGCGAGAGAGAUGGACGAGCUCACGAUCCACGCCAACGAGAUCCUUACCAUCCUUGAAGUGCUGGACGACGGAUGGGCCGUUGCCAAGAACGAAAAGGAUCGCAAGGGUGUCGUGCCCUUGAACUUCCUCGAGCCGAUUCUGGAAUCGUAGCCUGCCCCACAGCAGGACAACCUCAGCGCGUUAUUACUUUGUUGUUUCUGCCAUCUAUGGCUCCUCUCGACGUGCUGCAGCGACUGGAUCAAGAGUGCUUCUUUCAACGUCGCAAUCUAUUUCAAUAUACAGCUCAUACUGGUUCUGGAUCUUCUGGUGGUGCGACGACACCAAGAGAGAGAGACUCGUAUCGGGGCUGAUGAAUCACCGCCAAGCAGUGGUCCAUUCUGGCGCUCAUAUAUACCGCUGGGUGGCAGUCCAUGCU